AUGAGGCACUGGCUGCUGCUGCUCGCUGCGCUGGUGGGAGCCGUGCUCCCACUGCCCCUGCACAAGAGGGUUGACUACUCGGUCCAUGACGAUUUACAAGCCCCGCUGCGGCUCCCACGGCCGCACUUUGGCCUGGUGGAUGAUUAUGGCAUUAGACCAAAGCAGCCCCACUUCAGGAGCCAGGCAACGCAGGCACAACCUGCAUGGCUGCGCCGCGCUGGCAAAAGCAAGCGCGACCAACUCGACCUGUCGGAGUACUACUACGACAACCGCCUGUGA